GUAAAAUUUGGGCCCAUCAUCGAGCAUAAUGAUAUCAACGUAAAUAAAAUCGGCUUCUUCUCCAACAUUUUUCUGGACGAGGAAAAUAAUGAUGUAAAGCAAUCCAUUGUCAACCCUACACAGCGUGGAAAUACCAUCGAAAUUGAGUGCUCUCCAAUCUCGCUGCCCCACUUCAAUCUGUACAAUAUUCUCAUCUUUAAUGUAAAUUACGCAAAGGAAAAAUAUAAAUUUGUCACGCACGAUUUAGAUGACUUGGUCAUACACUUUUGUGGGAAUAUCAAUUUGUGCCUCAUCAUAUGUAUUCUUUGUUUCAUCCUUCUGAUGAUGGAUCUGGUGGCUCUAGCAUUUGAUUGGAGUAGCUGGAACAGGCUGUAUGACUUAUAUUCCUUCUCAUCGGAUGCGGUUCAUUUUAAGUUACUUUUCACCUUGUUCAUAUUUCUUUAUUUGAAAAAUAAAAAUAGCUGCACAAUAUUGAUGGCCUUUUGUGCGGCCAAGAUGGCCGUCUGCCUUUGGAAGCUGCUAGACCGUUACGACAUUGAACUUGUGGAGGUCUAUCCGUACGUGCGCAUUACGCGCAGCACCGGGGAGACCGGCGGACGUGAGGGGGGCGCGGACAGCGGCAGUGGCAUCCCAGGCAACGAUAAACCAAGCAUUGACAAAGCAAGCAUUGACAGCGGUGCGGGCAUGCACAAGAAUCAGGCGCAGAACGAAGUGGAGGGAAUGGAAAAAUAUAUAAAAAUAAAAAUGCCCUAUGUGAUGAUGUGCGCAAUACUAUUUACGUGUGCAUACAAUUUUAUAUACACUCCGUACGACUCAGUCUUCUCCUUCAUCAUUCACACGUCUGCCGUUUGUUGCUACUUGUUUAACUUCCUCUUUAUGUGUCCCCAGAUAGUGCGAAAUUACUCCACUAAAACGGUGGAACGCGUGCCCCUGUUUUUUUUCUUCUUCCUUUUUUUAUAUGUGCUCAUGGACGACCUGUUUGCGCUCGUGCUCCGCAUACCCCUUGUGCACAAGUGGAACGCUCUGGGCGACGACAUUGUGUUUUUUAUUUUUUUGGUGCAAUAUUGCCUAUAUAAGAAGGGGAGCUCCCGGGUGGGUGCCAGUGAGGUAACCGCCAUGCCCCAGGCCGCCAAGGCACAGCGUGAGUCCAAAAAGAGGAAGUGA